UGUAGUUACUAUACAACAAAAUACUUGCUUAGUUAUUUUUAUAUUAAAAAUUAUAACUAUACAAAUAUUAAUGAUGUACACGAAAAUUGUUUUUGUAUUUACACUAUUUGUAGCAGUUUGUUUCGCGAGAAACUCGAUGCCCGACAAAACGGAUGACAACUUUCAAAACGAUUGCCUCCAAUCGAGUAAUACAUUCCGUGCUAAACACCAUUCACCCGGGUUUAAAGUGGACCCUGCUGCUGUAGCGUACGCACAGUCCCGAUGCGCACUGAUCUCACAGUACCCUGGUCUAUCACAUGGACAUGCCGGGCUAAAGGACUAUGGUGAAAACUUAUAUUGGGCUGGUAACUCGCAGGAUGUUAUGGGUAAUUGUCAAUCGGCCAUAAAUUCAUGGUAUAACGAAGUGUCCCAGUACAACUAUGACACCACUGGUUUCUCGGGUGCGACUGGCCAUUUUACCCAGUUAGUUUGGAAAUCUACCACUAAUGUCGGUUGUGCUAGAUGCUACGGUAAAGAGCCUGGUGGUCAAUGGUAUAACGAAGUGUCCCAGUACAACUAUGACACCACCGGUUUCUCGGGUGCCACUGGCCAUUUUACCCAGUUAGUAUGGAAAUCGACCACUAAUGUCGGUUGUGCUAGAUGCUACGGUAAAGAGCCUGGUGGUCAAUGGUAUGAGACAUACGUGGUUUGUAAUUAUAAACCAGCUGGCAAUAUUGUGGGCGACCAGAAUAAAUGGUUCAAGGAGAACGUGCUAAGACCCUGA